GGAUUUCUUGAUAUCGUUCAUUGUCAAUUGACUGCACGUGUUUUGUGAUCAAAAACAACAAAGUUUUGUGGGAUAUUUCUCAAAAUGCUGAGGAGACAGGCUCGAUUGAGACGGGAGUACCUGUACAGGAAGUCUGUGGAGGGGAAACACAAGGCGCUGCAGGAGAAGAAGGAGCGCUUGAAGCGUAGUCUCGAGGGAAAUAUCCCAAUUCAUGGUGAUCUUCAGAGAGAGGCUCUCUCGCUGCAGGAGAAGCUGAAGUGGAGUGACUCUGGACCAGCAGCCGCGGCUGAAAUUGGAGGCGUCAGUGGUGGAGCCAAUACAGCAAACUCCCAGGAUGACGAAUAUCGCUAUGCCGGCUGUGAGGAUCCCAAAAUAAUGAUAACAACUUCUCGCGAUCCUUCGCCGAGGCUGAAGAUGUUCGUGAAGGAGCUCCGGUUGGUCUUUCCCAACGCCCAGCGCAUGAAUCGUGGCAAUUACGAUAUGAAGCAAAUGGUGCACGCUUGCAGAGCGAAUGACGUGACGGAUUUCAUAGUGGUGCACGAAACGAGAGGAGUUCCGGACAAUCUGGUGGUUUGUCAUCUUCCUCAUGGGCCCACGGCCUUCUUCAACAUCUCAGGAGUUGUCAUGCGCCACGACAUCCCGGACAUUGGGCCCAUGAGUGAGCAGAAGCCACAGCUGAUCUUCCACAACUUCAAGACGACUCUCGGGCUUCGGACAAUGUCUAUUCUCAAGUAUCUCUUUCCGGUGCCCAAGGAAGACUCCCGGCGAAUCAUGACGUUCGCCAAUCACGACGAUUUCAUCUGCUUCCGGCAUCACACCUACCAGCGCGUGAAUGGGAAGAUUGAGCUGACAGAGUGCGGGCCGAGAUUCCAGCUGAGUCUCUACAGAGUCCAGUUGGGAACUGUGGAUGAGCUCGAUGCCACGGAGACUGAGUGGACGCUGCACAGAUACAUGAACACCACGGCCAAGAGGAGGUUCCUCUCGGAUGACGAUGGCUGGGAACAGGAUGACGAUGACAUCCUGCAGGACAGAAUGUGAAGAGAAUGGGAAUAAAUAAAGUAUUUU